GUUAUGGGUAAUUGCGUGGGCCGGGGCUGGGUCGGUUUAUUUAUGCCGACCUGCCAAUAGGAGCAAGCCCCCAUCGCUCGAGACCCCAACCCGCCCCCUCCCCUUUCCUCUCCCCACCUCUUCCCCUUCCGCAUCCCACAUCACCCCCCAUCGCCGGUUGGUUUGCUGCUGCGAGCCCUUCCGCCUCUCGCCCCGUGGGGUUUGGCGAGCGAGGUCUCCGUUUGUGGAGUGGGUGGGGAGAGGAGACCGGAGCGCGCGGUAGGGAUGGCGCGGGAGCGGCGGGAGAUAAAGAGGAUAGAGAACGCGGCGGCGCGGCAGGUCACGUUCUCCAAGCGCCGCCGCGGGCUCUUCAAGAAGGCCGAGGAGCUCUCCGUGCUGUGCGACGCCGACGUCGCGCUCAUCGUCUUCUCCUCCACGGGGAAGCUGUCCCAGUUCGCCAGCUCCAGUAUGAAUGAGAUCAUCGACAAGUACAACACACAUUCUAAGAACCUGGGGAAAGCAGACCAGCCUUCGCUUGACUUGAACUUAGAACAUAGCAAAUAUUCAAACUUGAACGAGCAACUUGCAGAUGCAAGUCUUCGACUUAGGCAGAUGAGAGGUGAGGAGCUUGAGGGAUUGAGUGUUGAAGAACUCCAGCAGUUGGAGAAGAACCUGGAAGCUGGUCUGCAUAGGGUGCUUCAAACAAAGGAUCAACAAUUCUUGGAACAGAUUAAUGAACUCCAACGAAAGAGUUCACAGCUGGCAGAGGAGAACAUGCAACUGAGGAAUCAAAUAUUCCAGAUACCACCAGCUGACAAGCAAGCUGUUGCUGAGACUGAAAACGUUAUUGCUGAAGAUGGGCAGUCCUCUGAAUCUGGGAUGACUGCAUUGCACUCUGGAAGCUCACAGGAUAAUGAUGAUGGUUCGGAUGUAUCCCUGAAAUUAGGGUUGCCUUGUGUUGCAUGGAAGUAACAAGAUAAAAGCGCCCGAGUUGCGGCCCCAGCGGGUAGGCUAUUUGUGUUAUGGACAAACCCAGACUGCAAUAAUCUUGCAUUAGAAGCGAGAUCAGUUAACCUGAUUUGUCAUCCUUAUGGCUUCAUGUGCGAUGUUCCGCUUGUACCGUUUGCAAGGAUGGUAACUAAGUUUUUAUAUCCAUGUACUUUUUCUUCUUGUCGCUCUUGCUACGUACCGUUCGAGCAAUCUGUAGUGUACUUUUGCUAUCAUAAGUAGAUCUAUGACUUGGUA